CAGAUCUGCUCCUCUCAGCUCUACCCUCCAGCCUCUCGCACCUUCUUCAGCCUUCUCCUCUUCACGAAGCAUGUCUAGCAGAUCCACCAUGAGAAGCCAAAGCAUCAGCCACCGGGGCUUCAGCGCCAGCUCGGCCAGAGUCCCCGGGGUCUGCCGCUCGGGCUUCAGCAGCGUCUCCGUGUCCCGCUCCAGGGGCAGUGGUGGCCUCGGCGGAGCGUGUGGCGGAGCUGGCUUUGGCAGCAGGAGCCUCUAUGGCCUGGGCGGCUCCAAGAGGAUCUCCAUCGGAGGCGGCAGCUGUGCCAUCAGCGGCGGAUAUGGUGGCAGAGUUGGAGGUGGCUUUGCCUAUGGAGGUGGAGCCGCCAGCGGAUUUGGCUUUGGGGGUGCAGCUGGUGGUGGCUUCGGGCUCGGUGGUGGAGCUGGCUUUGCCGGUGGCUACGGGGGCUCUGGCUUCCCCGUGUGCCCCCCCGGAGGCAUCCAGGAGGUCACCGUCAACCAGAAUCUCCUCACUCCCCUGAACCUGCAAAUCGACCCCACCAUCCAGAGGGUGAGGACGGAGGAGCGCGAGCAGAUCAAGACCCUCAACAACAAGUUCGCCUCCUUCAUCGACAAGGUGCGCUUCCUGGAGCAACAGAACAAGGUCCUGGACACCAAGUGGACUCUGCUCCAGGAGCAGGGCACCAAGACCGUGAGGCAGAACCUGGAGCCCCUGUUUGAGCAGUACAUCAACAACCUCAGGAGACAGCUGGACAGCAUCCUGGGGGAGAGGGGCCGCCUGGACUCGGAGCUGAGGAGCAUGCAGGACACAGUGGAGGACUUCAAGAACAAAUAUGAAGAGGAAAUCAACAAGCGCACGGCAGCAGAGAAUGAAUUUGUCACCCUGAAGAAGGACGUGGACGCUGCCUACAUGAAUAAGGUUGAACUGCAAGCCAAGGUAGAUGCUCUCACAGAUGAGAUCAACUUCACCAGAGCCUUGUAUGACGCAGAACUGUCUCAGAUGCAGACCCACAUCUCCGACACUUCCGUGGUCCUGUCCAUGGACAACAACCGUAACCUGGACCUGGACAGCAUCAUCGCUGAAGUCAAAGCCCAGUAUGAGGAGAUUGCCCAGAGGAGCCGGGCUGAGGCUGAGUCCUGGUACCAGAGCAAGUACGAGGAACUGCAGGUCUCAGCGGGCAGACACGGGGACGACCUGCGCAACACCAAGCAGGAGAUUGCCGAGAUCAACCGCAUGAUCCAGAGGCUGAGAUCUGAGAUCGACCAUGUCAAGAAGCAGUGCACCAACCUGCAGUCUGCCAUCGCUGAUGCUGAGCAGCGUGGAGAGAUGGCCCUCAAGGACGCCAAGAACAAGCUGGCUGGGCUGGAGGACGCCCUGCAGAAGGCCAAGCAGGACAUGGCCCGGCUGCUGAAGGAGUACCAGGAGCUCAUGAACACCAAGCUGGCCCUGGACGUGGAGAUCGCCACAUACAGGAAGCUGCUGGAGGGCGAGGAGUGCAGGCUGAGUGGAGAAGGCGUUGGACAAGUCAACAUCUCUGUGGUGCAGUCCACCGUCUCUGGCGGCUAUGGUGGCGCUGGUGGCUUUGGCGGUGCCAGCGGUAUGGGCAGUGGCUCAGGCCUGGGUGGAGGCAGCGGCUACUCCUAUGGCAGCGGCCAUGGCCUUGGAGCUGGCUUCAGUUCCAGCAGUGGCCGAGGCGUGGGGAGUGGCUUCAGCUCCUCUGGAGGCAGCAGUUCCACCAUCAAAUACACCACCACCUCAUCCUCCAGCAGGAAGAGCUACAAGCACUAAGUCCUGCCAUCGGCUCUGAUCCCAGGUUGUCCAAGUCUACAGCUGCAUUGCCCUCUCUGAGGCUACUUCUCCUCCCCUGUCUCUGAUUCCUCUUACUUUUUGAGUUUGAGCUCAAGUCUCUGAGUGCCUUGGUGUCUCCUCACUGCCUAUCCCUGCCCCACCUGAGCAUACAUUGCUCACCAUAGGAGAUCAACCUCUGAGUUACACCAUUAUAUAACACAAGUGGGGCUGCACUUUUUUACCAAAAUAGUACUGUCUUGCCUCCAUUAUUUGGUAUAUGAGGCUGAGCAUUAUAAGGAAAUUACUUCUCCACAUUUUCAUCACUGAAACAUUACCUGGGUCCUACUCUAGAACAGGGCAAUAUCCCACUUGCCUCCAGGUAACCAUGAAUUCCCCAAUUUCCCAAUGUUGGGUUCUUCCUUCCUUGCAGUGGUCCUGAAAGCACAAGAGACUUGUCCUCCAACGUAUAGAAUCUGUAUCUCUGUGAAGUUCCCUCUGCUCUUUGCUUUCUUCUAAUUGCUAAAUAAAGCAUUUUUAUUACAUAA